UUUAAGAAAGCACCAAAGAGAUCAAACAGGUUAUGAUAAAAUAGAAUAUCUUUUUUAAUUCAUUGAUCUUCAGUUCCAUCAUUUGCAAAUUGUAGUUAAAGAAACCGUUUAAAGACAAAAAACCGCCGAAAACCGUCAGAAAAUUUUAAACGGUUAAAACCCCAAAUUCAUCAUUUUGUUUUGAUUUCAUGAUUUGUUUCUCUUUGGCUAGAAUGGAUGAAAGAGAACCAGAAAUGGGCAUAAAAGUGUACAAUGCAACUCCACCAGCAGGGGAAGGAGGAACAAACAAGAACAAGCGUCGUGCAUUGAUGGCAAAGGGUGUUCAGAAAACGCUAUCCAAAACUUCUCUCCUCGGAAACUUCCUUCCCACGGGCACUCUCCUCACCUUCGAGAUGGUGCUGCCUUCAAUCUACAAGAACGGAGAGUGCAGCCACGUGCAGACCCUCAUGAUCAACUUCCUCCUCGCUGUCUGCGCCCUCUCAUGCUUCUUCUUCCACUUCACCGACAGUUUCCACGGUCCUGACGGAACCCUCUACUAUGGCUUCGUCACCACGCGCGGCCUCUCCGUCUUCAAGCCUUCUCUCCCCGCCGUGCCUGUGCCUCGCGACGACAAGUUCAAGGUGGGGUUCACCGACUUCGUCCACGCCGUCAUGUCCGUGAUGAUCUUCGUGGCCAUUUCCGUUUCCGAUCACAGGGUCACCAACUGUCUGUUCCCUGGGCGCGAGAAGGAGUUGGAGCAGGUUAGGGAGAGUUUUCCUCUCUUGGUCGGACUCCUCUGCAGUGGCCUGUUCCUCGUCUUUCCCACUUCCAGACAUGGAAUUGGUUGCAUGUCUGCCUAGUUGCAUGUCUGCCUAGUUCCUUCCGUUCCUUUCUUUAAGAUAUUGUCUUUUCUGUUUCAUCAAUAAAUAUUAGGGUUCUAAUGUAUAUAUCAUGUAUGAUUCUCUUCAUAAUAUAUGAUGUAUGAUUCUCUUCGUAACUGACAUUCUCAACAGUGUGUGUUCUCUAUUUUUUUCUGUACAUUAACAAAACUGGGAUGCUCACACAGCUCUCAAAGUUGGUGGAGUCUCGAGUUAGUACAGGGUCUGUGUUUCUUUGAGAUUUCAUGUGAUAAUUUUGAAGCCAA